CCAUACGACCUUGCUUUCUGUCCCUCAUGUCAUAACAUGGCCGUCUGUGAACAAGAGUCUACGGGGAUUACAUUCAUUCUAAGUUAGCUGAACUAAAUUUUGAGCCACCCGGGUUACACAGCAGAAGCGAUGCCUCGCUACGAGCUCGCCCUGAUCUUGAAAGCGAUGCAGCGGCCGGAGACGGCGGCGGCUCUGCGGAGAACCGUGGAGACUUUGAUGGAGCGCGGCGCCGUGGUGAGAAACCUGGAGAACCUGGGAGAAAGACUCCUGCCCUACAAAAUGAGCAAACACAACCAGAGGCACACCCGAGGCUCCUACUUUCUAGUCGACUUUUAUGCAGCUCCCAGCAUCCUCAAUGAGUUGUUGGAUCACCUGCACCGUGACGUGGACGUGGUGAGGCCCACUGUGCUGAAGAAGGAGGAGCAGGUGUCGACCAGCAUCUGCUGCGGAGCCCCGCGGUAACUGCACGUUUUCACUUCUCCUACCCAGAAGAUGAGCAGGAACCCAUCCCACUUUGACCGUUUUCUUUGCUCUUUGUCUGGUACAUCACAUUUUGUAAUAAACUAAGAAAUAAACAGUUGUUUUACUUUUUUGUAAAUCAUUCAAA